CGGUGGCAGUUCCCCAACUGCCUAGGUGCCGUGGACGGCAAACAUGUCGCCAUUGUUUGCCUUCCUAACUCUGGCAGUGUCUACCUCAACUACAAGGGCACAUUCUCUGUGGUCCUUAUGGCCGUGGUCGACAGCAACUGCAAGUACACCCUCAUUGAUGUGGGAGCUGAGGGUCGCCUCAGUGAUGGUGGCACAUUCAAAAAUUCCGAGUUUGGACGUGCCCUCACUCAAGGAGACUUGGACAUACCAUCUACCAGUCUGCUUCCUGGCUGUGGAACAAAUGCACCAUAUGCCUUCGUAGGCGAUGAGGCUUUUCAGCUUCGCAAGGAUUUCCUUCGUCCUUAUCCAGCCAGACAGCUUGACGAUGAAAAGCGGGUUUUCAACUAUAGGCUAAGCCGAGCAAGGCGUUCUGCAGAGAACGAAUUUGGAAUUACAGCGGCCAGAUGGAGAAUUUUGCUCCGUACCAUCCCCCUGCGACCGAAGAAUGUGGACUUUAUUAUCAAGGCUGCUUGUAUCCAGCACAAUUUUCUCACCGUCCACAACCCACAGUCACACAAGUUUGCCGAUGCAGAGGACAGCUUUGGCAAUCUCAUCCCACGGCAGUGGCGAUAUGGUGUGCAAGAAGCAUCGGCAAACAGCUCGGAACCCCACUUCUUCCCAGUGAAGGCAACACAUUGCAGGAACUACCUCAGUGAUGCGGCAGCUGCCAGGAAUAUUUUCGCAGCAUACUUCUGUAGCAGUGCUGGGGAGGUUCCUUGGCAAUGGAAUCUGCCUGGGAUAUCAAAACAAGCGACUGUCAAGCGGCUACAGGAGCAGAUACUUCCGACAAUUCACUGAUGUGCUCGACUGCUUGCAGCAGGUUCCCAAAUACUUAGCGCAGCCGCUGCUGGCGCUUUUGACGUCGAGGCAGCUGUCGUAGACGACGUCGAGGCUGGUGUCGUAGACGACGUCGAGGCUGGUGUCAGGGUUGACGUUGAGGCUGGUGACGACACCUGCGAUGCUGACGCCAAGCCAGAGAUAUCCGAGAUAUCGGACCGUGCUUCAAGAUCUUGGUCUUGAAAUUGGGCAAUGCCCAUUAAAAUUGAUGAAGCACUGCUGCUUUGCUGCUGGUUAUCAUCCAGUGACUCGUUCAGCUGCUUCGACCUCGGGCUCUCGGGCAGUGCAUAAUUGCCUGAAGUGCUGCACGUAAGAAAAAGUGCAUGUUUGCUAUGUUGGCAGGUUUUGUAACUUGGCAAUAAAACAAAGUGAAACCGUUUCACAGCACUUUUUCUCGCUAUUCAUUACUGUUAUAGCCCCACACAUUGUAAAACUGUCGUGAACAAUGCUAGCACUUUCAUGACUUUAAAAAGUUGUUAUUCACUAUUGUGAUCCAUAUUACCAUGUAUUUGGCUUAAGUGAGAAAUAGAGCAGAAAAAGACCAUAAGGUGCAUCAAAAUAAUUUCUUCGUUCACAUCAGUGCAUUCUCUGUUU